GCUGCGUUUCUCCGGAAGUGCUUCCGAGUGAGCCGGAAGUGACGGAUGUGAGGGGUUAAAGCGGCAGAGAGCGAUAGCGUUCUCACACUGCAGUGAUGGAGGUAACACGACAGAGUUUUAAAGACACCCUGCGUGUUAUUUACAGCGCUGUGGACGACGCAGAUUUCCUGGCUAUUGAUGGAGAGUUUUCAGGUCUGAGUGACGGGCCGGCCGUCAGCAUGUUGACCAACGGGAUGGACACACCAGAGGAGCGCUACAGCAAGCUCAGGAAGCACUCUAUGGACUUUCUGCUCUUUCAGUUUGGCCUCUGCACCUUCAGAUAUGACCAGUCACGUGCCCAGUAUUUCACAAAAGCUUUUAACUUCUACAUUUUCCCCAAACCGUUCAGCAGAGCAUCACCUGAUAUUAAAUUCAUCUGCCAGAGCUCCAGUAUUGAGUUCCUGGCCAGUCAGGGGUUCGACUUCAACAAGGUGUUCCGUGAUGGGAUUCCCUACCUGAACCAGGAGGAGGAGUCUCAGUUAAGGGAGCAGUAUGAGGAGAGGAGGAGUCAAAACAACGGGGUGGGGACUCCAUCCUACAUCUCACCCACUUCCUGUAAGGGACCGAUGAACAUUCCUGAGGAGCACAAAGACUUCAUCAACAGAGUCAUUGAAAAAGUGGAAGCUCUCCUGAACAACUCUGAGAAGACGGUGGCCUUGGAGCCGUGCACUGGGUUUCAGAGAAAGCUCAUCUACCAGACCCUAAACUGGAAGUUUCCCAAAGGACUUCAUAUUGAAACUGUGGAGAAUGACAAAAAGGAACGUUUUAUUCAGCUCAGUAAGGUGGAUGAAGACGAGAGGAGGAGGAUUGAGCAGCAGAAACAUGAGCGGGAGCAGGAGGAGCUGAAUGAUGCAGUGGGUUUUUCCCGAGUCAUACACGCCAUUUCUAAAUCUGGUAAACUGGUGGUUGGUCACAACAUGCUGCUGGAUGUCAUGCACACUAUCCACCAGUUCUACUGCCCCCUGCCCGAGGAGCUGGACGACUUUAAAGAGGUCACCAUGUGUGUGUUUCCUCGACUUUUGGAUACGAAGCUGAUGGCAUCUACACAACCUUUCAAGGAGCUGAUUACAAACACGUCUCUGGCAGAGCUGGAGAAGCAGCUAAAGGAAAAGCCAUUUAAAGCACCUAAAGUUGAAUGUUCUGAGGGAUUUCAGAGUUAUGACACUUCGUCUGAGCAACUGCACGAAGCUGGAUAUGAUGCUUAUAUCACUGGACUUUGCUUCAUCUCCAUGACACUGGGACACUAA